AUGGAUUGUGACGAACCUCCUUGUCCCUCUCCCUAUCCCUAUUCCCAUUCUUCUUCACUUCUCAAAGACAUCUCCAACUUCACAACCCCCAGACGCCCCCCUCCCUCCCUCACCGCCCAAUCUCCUUCCACCCAAUUCUUCACCGCUUCCAAACCCGCCUCCUCAUUCCACCGCCGCGCCAAGAAGUCUUCUACCGCCGCCAAAAAACUCAAGGCCUUCCAAUUGGAGCGGUCCCAAUCCUCUAGAAAGGCCCAAAUCAGAAAGGAACACUCCCUCAAAUCCCUAGCGAAGUCCCUCUCCGUUUGGCUCAACUUCUUGCUCCAAAACCCCGCCUCCUGCGGCUGCGACUUCUCCAUCGCCGGACUACACGUGGCCGAUCCCACUCCCGCCACCCGCGGUAAGAGAGAUGGCGCUCCGGGAAUCUCCAUCGGAGUCGAUUCCACGUGGCGAACUCCCAAGCGACAGAGGAAGACGUGGUCCUCUUCACGCGCCGGUAAGGAAAAUUCCGAGACGCAGUUGCCUGAUUCCUCGUUUUCGUACUUGAGGGAUUCUCUGAAGGAUGUCUGCAGUUUCGACGAUUUGAAGCAGCGAAUGAGGGUUUAUCUCAGUCUCACAACUUGUAAAGAGAUCUUCCAAGUGAUGAAUCACGUCACCAAGACGAUUGACGACGGAAGGCUAAAUAUGAAGGCACACUGCCCUGUAGUAACCGAUGUUGGGUUGAAGGAUAAGGCCACUAGGAUUCUCAUGUGUUAUAAUUCAAUUUGGCUGCGGAUUGGAUUAUACAUAAUUUUUGGGGGUGACUGCUUGGUGUUAAAUUGUGAUAUUGAUUCUGAUCAAGAUGCUGUAUUCUUGAAAAUGGUCAUUGAGAAGCUGUUUUUUUCGCAUGAGGGAUUAGCAAAAGCAUAUGCUUAUAACAAGAUGGUUGAAGGAGUCUAUAGGUCAGGUUACUAUGAGAAUUUGGGGAAUGUGAUUUUGAAGAAGGUUUUGUUGCUUGUGCUUAUCCUUGAUAAAGCUAAAUGCCAGAGUUACCUCCCACUCGAGUAUGGUAUUGAUGGAUUAGACGGGGGUUCCCCUUUAUUAUUCAAAGCUGAAUCCUGGAUUAAAUCAAGUAGUCAACUGAUCCAUGAAUUUCUAUCGUCUGAUGUGAUGCAUGGAGAAGGAAAUCUUCUAGCACAUUUGGUGAUUUUAGGUUACAAAUUAUCUCACCAACAGGGACUUCUUGUUGAGUAUGAUUUCAGGGUUAGAGAUUUAUUUGUAGAUCUUCAAGAUGGACUCAAACUGUGUAGAGCUAUUCAGCUCUUGCAGAAUAAUUCUUCGAUCCUUAUGAAAAUCAUAGUUCCCUCUGAUGCUCCUAAGAAAAAACUUGCCAACUGUGGUCUUGCCCUACAAUAUCUCAGGCAAGCUGGUGUAUCACUAGUUGACGAAGAUGGCAUCAUGAUUGUGACAGAUGAUAUUGUUAAUGGAGAUAAAGAACUUACGCUUUCCUUGCUCUGGAAUAUGUUUGUUCAUUUACAGCUACCUCUUUUGGUUGAUAAAACAAGUUUAGUUGGGGAGAUUUCAAAAAUUCACGGACCGGGCAUGGAUCUCAUAAACAGUACAAACUCUAGUUCUCUGGAGUUGCUUUUGAAUUGGAUUCAGGCUGUUUGUGACAAUUAUAAUUGUGCUAUUGACAAUUUUCAUUCCCUUGUUGAUGGCAAAGCUAUCUGGUGCUUACUUGAUUACUACUUCCAGAAGGAACUUCAUAAUUCCUGUUCAAUGAAGGAAGUUUAUCAGAAAAGUGGCAAGGCAUCAAUUAUGUCAGUCAAUGAAUAUUCAGAUGCACUUUAUAAUUUUAUAUUAUCCCAGAAGUUGACUACAUUACUGGGGAACUUUCCAGAGGUACUUCAAAUAAGUGAGCUACUUCAAUAUAAUGGUGCUUGCAAUGAUCGAAGUGUGGUGAUACUGUUGGUUUUCCUAGCUAGCCAAUUAUUUGUCAAGAAAAAUGUGGAUCACUUAAAUUUUCAUAAGCUCUUGGGUUAUGAUUGCCAAAGUCCAAACCGUAGACAUUUGAGGAUGGUACAAUGCAUUUCAAGUUCUGAAGCAGCACAAAAUCCUGAUGCUUCAGAUGUGCAUGGCAAUGAAGAUGCUGCUAGAAAAUUCAAGGCCAUCCAAGCUUGGUGGCAAGAUAUGGCUGAACGAAACCAUAUCAUCAAACCAGUUAUCUCUAGUUUACAGAGAUCCAGGAGCACUGAAUGCAACACCAACAUUAGAAGAGAAAAUGCUGCAAGAACAAUACAACUGCAUAUCAGAGGAUUGGUUGUACGGCGCAAGUUUGUGAAGAUGGUAAAAGCUGCUACCCUUUUGCAAACUGUUUUGAGAGCUUGGCUAAAAGUGAGGAAAGAGUCAAUGUGCAGUAUAUUCCCAACCGUUCAAGUUUACAGCUUCUCAUGUGAAACAUUGGAGCAACCAGAAACAUAUAAGAGAUAUGCCAUGCUUUUCAUUCAUAGGCAUUCCUUUUUGAAAUUGAAGAGGUCAGCACAGCUUAUCCAGCAAGCAGUGAGGGGUUGGCUCUAUUGGAGGCAUCAGCAACAAUGUCGGUUAAGUCCUGAUCUUUUGAUAUCAGAUAUGGGGGUAGCUGCUAUUACUGUACAGAAAUUUGUUCGUGGUUGGAUGGCACGAUCUAGAUAUAUUCAUCAGCUUGAUCAGAAAGACAAAACUUUAAAUUUAGCCCAGCAGAAAGUUAAUUUUGAUCUUCAAACAAAUGCAGCCAUUAUCAUUCAGCUUGCUUGGAAAAAGUUCUUAUGCUUUGAGUCUACUCAGAAGCAGCACUUCCAUGCAACUAAAAUUCAACGAAGCUUCCGUAGGUGGCUGUUGAGAAAAAGUUUUUUAAAUCAGACUCAAGCUGUCAUAAAAAUUCAAUCUUAUUUUCGAAUGUGGAGAUGUGUAAAUGCUUUUCAGCACUUCAAAAUUGAGUUUAAGGCAGCUAUUGUCAUUCAAUCUUCUUUACGAGGAUGGAUUGCACGGAAGGAUGCUUGUGCACAUAGAAAUCACAUCGUAGAAAUUCAAAGGCAUUGCCGUGGUUGGCUCCUGAAACGUGACUUUUUGUUCCAAAGAGAUGCCGUAGUAAAGAUCCAGUGUAUCAUUCGAAGCUUGAAAUGCCAGAAGGUUCUCAAAUGUGAGAAAGAUGCUGCUUUGGAGAUGCAGCGCUUUAUCAGGGGUCAUUUAACACGGAAUCGGCUAUUAGGUUGUGCUUCCAAGUCACGCACGCUUACUCCUGUCAGUUGCAGUUCAAGACCAGGUGGCUUUUGCAGUUUUCAACUGGAACUAUUCUUGUUUUCAGUUGUGAAAUUGCAACGAUGGUGGAAGGGUUUGCUGUUGCUUAAAUUAAUGAAUAAAUCAGCCAUCAUUAUUCUGUCAUGUACUCGUGGGUGGAUAGCCAGGCGAAAGGCCACUCUUUACAGACGCCAUGUUGCCAUCCGUGUACAGAACCAAAGAUAUGCCGCGCUGGAAAUUCAACGCUUUAUUAGAGGGCAUUUAAUUCGAAAUCGGAUAUCAGGCGGUACUUCUAAGCUACGUGCAUUUCAAGAUGUAGGUCACAUUUCAAGACCAGUUGCCUAUUGUAGUUCGCAACUGGAACUAUUUUUGUUUUCUGUUGUAAAAUUGCAACGAUGGUGGAAAGGUGUCUUGUUACAGAAAUUGAUGACAAAGUCUGCCAUUGCUAUUCAGUCUCAUACUCGUGGGUGGAUAGCCAGGCGAAAGGCCACUGAGCAAAGAUAUCGUAUUAUUAUCAUUCAAUCCCACUGGAAAGGUUACCUUGCACGCAAAGAGCCAAAAGAACAUUUAUUGGAUUUGCGCUUGAGAAUGCAAAAGUCUGCCAGAAACGUGGAUGACAGCAAGCGUCUCAUAAACAGACUCUUGGCAGCGCUUUCAGAGCUGCUUAAUAUGAAGAGUCUUAGUAACAUCCUUCACACUUGUUCAACAUUGGAUAUGGCUACAGGACAUUCUCAGAAAUGCUGUGAAGAACUUGUGGCUGCAGGGGCCAUCGACACCUUGCUGAGGCUUAUUCAAACAGUCAGCCGGAGUAUACCUGAUCAGGAGGUUCUAAAGCAUGCGUUGUCAACUCUCCGAAAUCUCGCCUGCUAUCCUCAUCUUCUAGAAGUGCUUAUCCAUAAUCACGGUUCCGUUCAGAUAAUCGUCUUGGAGUUACUGAGGAAUAAAAAUGAGGGCUAUUUCAUUGCUUCUGAACUUUUGAAGAUGAUGUGUUCCACAAGUAUAGGCGUGGAGACGAUACUCAGGUCCCCUGCCCUUCUAAAACGACUACACGGUCUUGUUGAAGAGCUUAAAAGAAAGGGAAUUUACGAGAAAAGAAAUCCUAGGGCUCCUAGUCCGGUUAUCAAAGAAAACAGAGAGAGAAGAUUGAAGGAGGCCGCUGAGAUUCUGAAGCUGAUAACAAGUGCCUGAAUUUUUUUUAAGAAUCAAGUUGUAAUGCUAUGUGCAAUUGUAGAAUGUAUGCAAGGU